AUGUUAACCCCACUCACGAUCAGAUGCAUUAAUGUGAACGGGAUUAAUAAGCAAAAGAAAAUUAAUGACCUUAGAGGAUGGCACAAUAAGAGAGACCCCAAAGCUGACAUUCUCAUUCUCAUAGAUACCCGGCUCACCUUGAAUUUCCACAGACUUAUCCUUACGCUUAAACCCUCCUCUUAUGCGUACUGUCCUUCCCCCUAUCUCAACCGAUCCAAACCUGGAGGAAUCGCGGUGCUCAUCUUCCACAGCCAAAUUUCCAUUUCCUCCCAGGAACCUUCCCCGGACGGGAGAAUACUCUCCCUGCACAUCAACUUUCUCGGCGAGCAGCUUCGCCUGAUUGCUGUCUAUGCCCCGUCCACCCCCUUUCUCAGACGCCCCUGGUGGCGCACGCUCUUCUCGUCUGCGCUCGACUCCCCUACCUCCUCAGCAGGAACUAUAGUGGCAGGCGACUUCAAUGCGGUUUGCUCGGCGGAGGACCGUAACAGGCCUCCCCUGGCCCACGAAACCUCAGAAGGCCUGAUCCUAUCCGCUGCCCUCCAGCGGCACUCAUUGGUCGACUCCUUUCGCAUAUCAUACCCCAACAAGCCAAUGUUUUCGUUCUUCGCCCUACCUCGGGCCCUCCCAGAGGUUCCCCCCCCCACAGCAUCCCGCCUCGACCGGAUCUACGUCUCGUCAUCUUUAUCCUCCAGAGUCCUUGACGCGCAAUACGCUUCUGCGUCCCAAGAACUCACCGAUCACGACCUAUCUCCCUCCUGCGUUCUCAGCUGUGAAGCCCCCAACCUGGCUCCCAGGCCCUGGCGGCUCCCUCACGCCCUUCUCCAACGCCCGCACACCGCGCAGAUCGUCUCUACGGCAUGCCUGGACCUCCCUUCCGACAUUCACGGAGAAGCAUGGGACGCUUGGAAGCUAUCCCUGUGCAACAAGCUCAAAGCCUUCGGUCGACAGGAGAAAAUUCGAAUCAAGAAAACCUCGGACCAUUUACAAAAUCUGGUCAGCCACCUCAGGAUUGCACUCGCAGUCAAUCCCACAGACUCCGCGUUAUCUGAGCACUUGCGUGCGGUCUCUCAACAAUUCGACCGUUAUGAAGCCUCCUGCGCUUCAGACAUAGCUCUCAAAGCCAAGCUCAAAUCCCCUGCAGGCGAGCUUGUCUCUGAACUCCCUGCCAUGAGCGAGCUCUGCACAUCUUACUUCCGCGAACUCUACAGCGCCUCGCAACCUGUGCGGCCAGACGAUAAAUUCUGGUCUCACCUCCCCCCCUCACAAGUCCCCCCUAACAUCGCUCACCGCCUCUCUCAGCCCUUCUCCAUGGCGGAAAUCUCAGCAGCAAUCAAUAAGCUCCCGCGCGGCAAGACUCCUGGACCGGACGGCUUACCAGGCGAGCUCUUCCGCUCCUUUCGAACUAAGUUCUCUCCCGCCAUUCACUCUCUAUUUCUCUCCUCGCCUUCUGCCCUCCCUCCCCCCAUGAUUCAAGGACGGACAGUGCUUAUCCCCAAGAAGGGCGAUGCCACCGUCCUUGACAAUCUCCGACCGAUAACCUUGAUGAACUCUGACUAUAAGAUACUUGCUAUAUGCCUCGCCUUGCGACUUCAGCCCCUUCUUCCCUCCCUCAUUCACCAUUCCCAGGCGGCAUUCAUUAAGUCCAGGAAGAUUGGGGAUACCCUUAAUGACACGCUGGACAUUUUUGACUGGGCUACCACGCAGAACCUUCCCCUCCUGGCCCUCACGGUCGACAUACGCAAGGCCUACGACUUAGUUGACUGUGAGUUCAUGCUCUCCUGCCUCGCAUUUCUCGGCCUCCCCCCCCCCUUCCUCCAUUGGGUGCGGCUUAUGCACACUGGGACUACCACAAGGAUUUCGGUCAACAACCUAUGUGGACCUGCCAUCCCUGUCCGCUCUGGUGUCCGCCAGGGGUGUCCCCUCGCCCCCCUCCUUUUCCUAUGUGCCAUCGAAAUUUUUCACCGUUACUCCUCCCACUUCCUCCCGGGUUUCCCCAUUUCUCGCACACAGGGCCGCCUCAUGGCAUGUUAUGCCGACGACGUGACUAUCUUUCUUAACUCUGACAAAGAGCUUCAAACUGCAUCCCACGUUCUCCUUUCCUUCGCUGCUGUGUCAGGUGAACACCCUAACUGGGCCAAGUGUGCUAUCCUUCCUUUUAAUAUCCCCCCCGCUACGGUUACUUACGCGGGCACCAUUCCCAUUCGGGGCGAAUCAGAGUUCGAACGCAUUCUGGGGAUCCAUGUGGGCCUUUCAGGCCGAUCUGAGACGCGGCUGUCGGGAACCUGCUCUCCAUCCAAAUACCGCGCGGAAGGCCGCACCACACGCCUCCUCACUCACAGCACGAUCUACAAUAAGGUCGAACACGGCGGGAUCGGUGCAAUCCGCCCCUCCACGCAAAUCCUUGCGCUCAACGCUCAACGCGCCUUACGUCGCUUCUCCCACCUUCCCAAUGCAGCGGUCGCCAGGGAGCUGGUUCCAAUACCUUUUGGACUUCAUGGCUUCCUGCUCCACGAGGACUUCCCCCCGGCGCUGCCUGACUCAGUGCCCGCCCGUCUGCGAGAAGAAGUCAAGGCGCUCGCGAAGCUGAAUCUCACCAUCCUUCCCCCACGCCCUGAGUUCUGGUGCAUCUUGGCAGAACCAGUCCCUUACAAUCGCUUCCUCCUCAAGUCGGACGAACGCCCCUUCGGACGCCUCAAAGACGAGGUCUUCCUCCUCACGGAGGAAGUACGCAUCGGCCACAUCGUUCGUCGCGACGCGACUGGAGCCCGACGAAUGACUGAGGCCGAAAUCAUGCUUAAAUACCCACCUCGUGUUUACCCUUGCAGCAGACGCAUUCUUAAUGAGGUCUACGACGCGAUGCCUGACGAAUGGUGGGCCGCCCUUUCCUCCUCUCACUGCCUCGUCCCUCUAUCCCCCGGUGACUGGGUGUUAAGAGCAGCCGACAUGCACGCCCCCCCCCCACCACGCCUACGAAGUCGAAGCCGUUCUACCUGA